ACUCUGCAGAAAAGGAAAGGACAUGAAUGCAUCUUUUCAAGAGCUCUCCUGUUUGAGCUCCAACAGCACUGAUGUCUUCAAACGCCAAGUGUAUCCUGCAGCAUACAUUCUCAUUUUUGUCCUGGGAGUCGCCGGUCACUCUUUAUCCGUCUGCGUCUUCUUCAGCCAAUGGAGGACCCAGAAGAGCUUCACUCCAGUCAGCUUGCUAAUGGUGAACCUGUUGGUAUCAGACCUGAUGCUGGUGUCCUCUCUGCCCCUGAGGGUCUCAUAUUAUAUGAUGAACUCUCACUGGAUCUUUGGUCACAUCACCUGUAAAGUAAUCUCAUAUGUGUAUUAUUUGAAUAUGUACAGCUCUGUGUAUUUCCUAGUGGCCCUGAAUAUCUUGCGUUACCUGGCUCUGGUGCGACCGUACCUGUACAUACGCAUACAGACGCACUACGUCGCAGGUAUCGUCUGUGCUCUCAUUUGGCUCUUCAUGGGUUUAGCCUGCAGUCCGCUGUUGUUCGCAGAGAAAAAAAACCAAAGCAGAUGUUUGGAGCUGGCGGAAGACAACGUGGAUCAAUUGCUCCUCAUCAACAACGUUACGUUUCCGGUGGGCUUCGUGUUUCCAUUGGUGGUUGUCAUUUUCUGCUCGGUCUUGCUUGCGAAGAACCUUCUGAGGCCUAGUCCUGCGCUCGGUAGGACCAGACCUUGCAGGAAGAAGGCUUGCGCUCUGGUCAUCAUCAGCCUUGGGAUCUUUCUGGUGUGCUUUUUGCCUUAUCACAUAGUGCGGACAGUCUUCUUAUACACCGAGAAGCACGUCCAGACGAGUUUAUACAAAGACUCGUGUGACGACCUUUUGGUAAUCCGCAGGGCUGCUGUUAUAGCGCAUUGCUUGUGCACGUCUAACAGUUGUUUGGACCCUAUCCUGUUCUUCUGCGUCGGUGAAAAUUUCAGAUCGUUCUUCGCUAAAUGGACGGGAGGAAGAAAAAACAGCACUUGCACUGCAGGGAGAAACCUACAGCAGGAAGAGUUACAGGUUUUGCAGAACUGAAUGGAAAUGGCUGAACAGAUAACAAAGAAGUACCUCAUUCUUCUUUUGUGUGCUUCAUAAGUAGGUGUACGGCAUAAAAGGCUCAUGUUUUGACUGGCUUUUGUUUACACCGUGUUCAGUCAAGUUGGGACAAGGCAACUAAAUUUUAAUUUCUGCAAAUUACUUUUGAUCCCUUUCUCUUUGAACCCUUCAGCCCUGCGGCAUUUUUGGGGAUUUUUUUACAGAUUUUUGGAGUAAAUUGAGGGGGCAAGAUGAGGGGUCUUCAAGAGGUUAAGAAACUAACAAACAUGAAACUGAAUUAAGAUUCAUUUCUAAACAACAAGACCUCAAGUUACAUGUCUUUACAUGAUUUUAGUGUGGGGAGAAAAUACUAACCUGUAUUUUAUACAACUUUGUCAGAAUGAGAGCACAAUGUCAUAAACUUUUAAAUUGACCAUACGAGUUAGUAUAGCUCAUAGCUUUAGUUAAAACAGAACUCUAAUGCCUGGUUUCACAGACAAGACUUAAGCCAAGUCCUAGACUAAAAUACAUUAACGGUCUAAACUGAAAGCAACUUGCAAUAUGCCAGUAUCUUCAGUAAUGUUUUCUACAUCAUUGUCUAAUUUAAGGCAUAAUCCUGAUUUAAUCUAAACCAGUGUGAAACCAGUUGAGAGAGUGCUUUUAUAGAGUUAAAUGAGUGAAAAAGCCUUUAAAAAUUAACCCUAUUUACUUCUAUUAUAACGGUUCAACUAAUGUCAGAAAGAUUUAGGAGUCUUUUACAAGUGUUAUAUGUGUGUCGGUGAGGUAAAUUGCAUUUUUUUUUCCCACUUAGAAAACUACUUGCAUGUACAAAACAAGGUAGUGGUGUACAAUCCCUGAUAUAUGUGUGUUUGUUUAAUUUUUUCUUUUUUUUUACAUAUGAUGUGCAGUUUUAUUUGUCAUUUUGUAGGAGUUAAGUUAAAAAUAUGUUUUGUAGUUUGAAGGCACCAAAAAUUGUUGUAAUGUCGCCAAUGCUGUUGAUUUGCAAUGAACUGUUUGCACUUCUGUUGCCAUAUUUCAUGUUGCGUCACUGCUAAGAAGUUCAUUUUGCUCAGUUUCAUAGCUCAGCCAGUGAUAGCUUUCCCGGGCAGUCUCUUGUUCUAUGAAACUGAAUGAACGGUCACUUAUUAUUAUUUUUUUUUCUCUUCACUGUUAGUGGAAACUCUACAGUAUUAUAGUGUUGAAUGUUAAUGAUGCUAAUAGUUAGGCGAUAUUGUUAAACUCAUAGGUGUUUACUGUAGCACAUGUUAUGUUUUCAGUUUGUUUUCAAUUAAACAUGUUUUAGUCCUGUA